UGAAAUCCCUCGAACCUCCAUUGAGAGACAUGAGGACUCUGCUGUCUUUGUUUCGAGAUAAAUCCUCAGAACCAUGACAGACGGAUACGGUCAAUACUGUGGUUGGGACACUCACCACAAUAGUUUUCAAUAUCCAACAACACUUGCAAGACUUGGGCCACCCGAUUAUGAAAUAAAUUGUCAAUCAAUGUCCCUUGAUCCUCUACUCUGGUCAGAACAAGAAACUUUGCAAUACGGCUCCCCCUCAAGCUCCCAAGUGAAGGGGGCACCCACAGCAUCCGAAGUAGCUGGGACUCAACUUUCACCUGCAGCGGGAAAUAACGCUUCGAAAGUCUCCCCAUCUCCAAAAACCGUUCGAGCCCAAACGAGGCGUUCACAGGGGCGGGGCCAAAUUGCGAAAUCUCCACCAGCAGCCGACAAGUCAGAAAAGCGCAGGCAGCAAAACCGUAUCUCUCAAAUAGCCUUCCGUCAACGUAGCAAAAUGACCCUCAUGGCCCUGCAAGAGGAGCUCGACCAAUCAAUCUUAGUGAAUGAUGUGCUGUACGGUACUAUAGAAGCAUUUUUGGAGAAGACGGAGAACCUGAAGAGGUCUAUUGAGGAUGUCCUGGCGUCUAGGUUCAAGAGGUCGCGCAGCGAGUCUCAAGCCCAGUUGUGAUGGAAAGGGUAGGUUAUGGGAUUAAUGGAUAGAGCAGGCGACGAUGGAGGGUGGACAGACUUUGAAGCAAUGGGUUUCUGAGAUACUCUCUGCAGUUUCCAGCUGAUACCAUGCCGGAAAAUAUUUGGGUUUACAGGACUGGUGCGCAAUACUUGUGUUGGCGUAUUCUUUUGUCUUGGUUUUCUUAUAACGAACUCAGUUAUUUUUAUUCUCAGUCACAGCUUGACACAGCACUACUCAUAUAGAUUUGUCGAGUGAUGGUCAGUGUCGCC